GAUUUCACAACCCGGUUGCCAUUUUUGUUAGCCAACUUACCCAGUGCACCCGGAUCUCUGCUUCAACAUUUCAAAGCUCAAAACCUGGACAACCAUUUACCAAAAACCUUCUAAUAAAUUACAACACAGCAGCUUUUUUUUUUUUUUUUUUUUUUUUUUUCGGAGCAGAAAGAAGACACAAACCAAGCCUGAUAAUAAGGGAGUUUCUCUGGGCCAAGUGUCAGCCAUGAACCCUGAAUACGACUACCUGUUCAAACUGCUGCUGAUUGGAGAUUCUGGGGUCGGGAAGUCCUGCCUUCUCCUCCGAUUUGCAGAUGACACAUAUACAGAAAGCUACAUCAGCACGAUCGGCGUUGACUUCAAAAUCAGAACAAUAGAGCUGGAAGGCAAGACCAUCAAACUACAGAUUUGGGACACGGCGGGUCAGGAGAGGUUUCGCACCAUCACCUCCAGCUACUACAGAGGAGCCCACGGCAUCAUCGUGGUCUAUGACGUCACAGAUCAGGAGUCAUUCAACAAUGUAAAGCAGUGGCUGCAGGAGAUCGACCGCUAUGCCAGCGAGAACGUCAACAAACUGCUUGUGGGCAACAAGUGUGACCUGACCACCAAGAAAGUAGUGGACUACACGACAGCCAAGGAGUUUGCGGACUCUCUGGGAAUCCCGUUCCUGGAGGCGAGCGCUAAGAACUCCACCAACGUGGAGCAGGCCUUCAUGACCAUGGCGGCAGAGAUUAAGAAGAAGAUGGGACCAGGCGCCAGCGCGGGCGGCGCCGACAAAUCAAACGUGAAGUUCCACAGCCAGCCGGUGAAGGCGUCCAGCGGAGGCUGCUGCUGAGUCCUGAACUUGCCCGAACACACAACGCACAAAGGAAGAGUGAUGUUAGCGACCACCAUACGCCAGAGCAGACGCACAGCGGAGAGGACAGUGGGAGUGUGUGUGUGAAUGAAAGAGUGAACAAAUGUAGAGAUUUAAAGGAUGAUCAACAUUUCCUCAUGCACCAAACUCAUGCACAUUUCCAAAACAUGUUUUGAUCCCCGGAGUCAGAAAGCAGGCUGCAGAUAUGCGUCCUGGAUUCAAUUUUAACAGUCACGAUAGCAUGGAUUUCAGUAUUGUUUACAAAUGUAGUUAAUCAGUCAGGACAUGAUUUGGUGUUGCACUGGAGCUUGUUAGCUGUUAGCUACAUUAGCCUGUAGCUCCAGUACAAAUCUAAAGAAGUAAAUGUCAGACACUAAACAUUUUUACCUGAUCGACUUUGUUUUUUUUGUUUUUUUUUCCCCUCACAGCCAGGUAAAUGAUGUGAAGCGAAGGAGGUGUGGAAGUGGUUCUGUCCCAAACAGAAUGUAGUGUUUAAAUCACACUUUCCUCAUUAUGUUUCUCAUCUCAUAGUUGUUGUGAUGUUUCACCUCAUUUCUCCCUGAGAUUUGUUUUCUGUCUUUUAACACACCAGCCCAGGAAGGCCGUAGUGAUUACACGGUGUGUUAAAUGAGUUAGAAAGAUAAACUCUGUAGUGAAAUUAUCCUGCAGUCGCCCUGCACCUUCACAAGACUAAACAGAGACGGGUGAUCAGUGAAAUGUUCACCAGUGCUCACAUUUUAUUCGUUUAACCUACAUUAUUUCUGAUCAUUCAUUAUCGUUAAUAGUUUCUCAGUAGCUGCGUUGUGAACAUUUAUCGCUUUUAGCAUGCAUUCACUUUCUCACCUCUAUAAAUGGUAAAGUGCAUUAUGGGUAUUCUGUACCCUGUAGAGUAAUCAGUUGGACACUAACCAUAAGCAGUGCAUCAGUGGAUUUUCACUAUAUGGACCAUUUUAGAUGAACCAUCACAUCUUCUCUGGUUCCCAACAGCCAAUCAGAGCAAACCUGGAGGCAGAAACAGUUAUGAUUGGUUAAGACGCCAAACAAUGGACAUUUUUUCAAUUAGGUCACAGCAGGACAAUUUCCUUUUAUGUGACAAACCUGGAAAAUAAACUGACUUUAUGACUAAAUUUUUCCAAAUACUUCGGAUCAGGGUGUUUAGCAAAAAUAUUCUAGUGCUAUAAAAAUUUUUUAUAGCAUUAAAAAAAAACAAAAAACACAUGAAGUCAGAUGAUCUAGUAAGGCAAUUAGUUAGCUGAACACCAAGUGGUUAGCAAGACAGGAUAUUCAAGACAGGAUGAAAGAUGUGUGAGGGCGCUGUUGUGCACUUUUAACUUACAAUGGGGAGUCGAAAAGGGUGUGUUUUUUUUAUAAAGAAUAUUGAAACACAGCUUAUAGACCACGGCACUGUACAGGACUGAGCAUGUUGCUAUGAUUACGGUUGGAAGCCUCAGCUGUAGCGCACCAACAAAACAAAAACGUAAAAAAAAAAAAAAAAACAUGUUUUAUGCACAGAUCUGUAACCUGUACACAUUUUAAAUC